GUGGCGGCUUCCGGACGCCAGCGCCAUGUUUGGCGCGCCUCCUUCGUCAACCCUUUUCACUUGACUACCUCCGUGGCCAGCUUUAAAAAAAUGGAACCUCAUUCCUGUGACACUUUUGUGGCACUGCCUCCAGCCACAGUUGGUAAUAGGAUUAUUUUUGGGAAAAAUUCCGAUAGACUCUUCGAUGAAGUACAAGAGAUAGUUUAUUUUCCUGCUGCAGUUCACAACAACCCUAGAGAACAUCUUAAGUGUACUUACAUAGAAAUUGAUCAAGUUCCUGAAACAUAUGCUGUUGUUCUUAGUCGCCCAGCUUGGUUGUGGGGGGCAGAAAUGGGAGCCAAUGAACAUGGAGUUUGCAUUGGGAAUGAAGCUGUGUGGGGAAGAGAGGAAGUUUGUGAUGAAGAGGCACUGCUGGGCAUGGACCUUGUCAGACUUGGUCUUGAAAGAGCUGAUACAGCAGAAAAAGCCCUCGAUGUCAUUGUUGACUUAUUAGAAAAAUAUGGCCAGGGUGGAAAUUGUGCAGAGGGUACAUUGCUAUUUAGCUAUCACAACAGUUUCCUGAUAGCUGAUAGGCAUGAAGCCUGGAUUCUGGAGACUGCAGGAAAGUACUGGGCGGCAGAAAAAGUACAAGAGGGAGUUCGUAAUAUUUCUAAUCAGCUUUCCAUAACAACCAAAAUUGAUCGGGAACAUCCAGAAAUGAGAAACUAUGCUAAGCAGAAAGGUUGGUGGGAUGGCAAAAAGGAGUUUGAUUUUGCAGCAACUUACUCUUACGUUGACACAGCCAAAAUGAUGAUUUCACCAGGUAGAUACUGUGAAGGUUAUACGCUUCUGAAUAAACACAAAGGAAGUAUAACUUUCGAAACAAUGAUGGAAAUUCUCCGUGAUAAACCUAGUGGGGUUAAUAUGGAGGGAGAGUUCCUUACUACUGCAAGCAUGGUUUCUGUGUUGCCUCAAGAUCCCUGCCUUCCUUGUGUUCACUUCUUUACAGGAACGCCUGAUCCUGAAAGAUCUGUUUUUAAGCCUUUCAUAUUUGUGCCAAAUAUUUCACAACUAUUGGAUACCAGUUCACCAAUAUUUGAACUUGAUGAGCCAGUUAAAAAGAAGCCACAUUGUAAGAAUAAGCCUGACAGAAGACACCCACUCUACCAAGUACAUCAACAGGCAUUGGAAGUAAUAGAUAAUAAUGAGGAAAAAGCCAAAACAAUCCUGGACAACAUAAAGAAACUGGAGAAAGAACUAUUUGAAGAGAUGGAAUCAAUCCUUCACAACAAGCAUGUUGAUGUGGAUAAAAUUGUUAAUCUCUUUCCUAAAUCUGUAAAAGAUGAAAUUAGAAUUUAUAAGUCUAAUGUUAGUUCUUAAUGAUCAUAUAAGUGGCCAGCAAUUUCCCCAAAGUCAGAAUCUGUCACUUUGGUAAAUAACAUACUUAGUUUGAACAGAUCUGAUUAUUCUUUAAUGGCAUUCAACUGAUAAUCUUCAAUACUACUACUGCUUGUUGAAAUAUUGAGAAAGAAAAUGACAUUGUAAUGGACACAUAUAUAAUGGAAUAGCCAGUUUCUACAGGUAACAACAGGGUUUUGUUUCUUUAGCCAUAAUACCUGUUUUUGAAAAUUUUAAUAAUUAUUCAAUUCUGCAUAAAGUAUGGAACAUCAAAAUAAUGUAAGAGUUCAUGUUUAUUAUAAUUAUGUAGUAUCUUCAAAUAAGCUUUUAAAUUACAAGACUGAAAACUUAUCUUUAGUAAUGGAAAAUAGUCACAAGUGGUAAGUGUUUUGUGGUUUAGGCAAAUAAUAACCUGCUUUACCAAAAUUUUCUAGAUUUAUACAUUGUUUUAUUACAAUGUAUUAUUCUGUGAAUGCACUUUUAUUAGCACAGACAUGAUCUUUAUCCGACUUAGCCGACCUAUGAGCUUUUAACUAAACUAAAAUUAUCUGACAUAUUAUGCCAUUGUCCUUAAUUUAAUUUAAAGGCUCACUUAUGUUAGUAUUUUUUUUGAAGCGCUUAUCUGGGAGAUUAGGAAAUGGGAUUAAGAUCUCACCUUUUUUAUAUGAGGGAACUAAGUAUAAGCUGUUCAUUGAUUUAUCCAGGGAUACAUACAUGAAUCUUAAUUCUCUCUGGAGCCAGCAUCAUUUCACUGUCUUCUUUGACACCAUUCUAGACUGGACUAAUAACAUCUCGCACUAGACCACUGCAGUUAAGUGUUGUUCUGCACCCUUUUUUCUUUAUCUCCAUUGUUAGUCACUAUAGCCAGAGUGAUUAAAAAUUUAUACCUGACAAUGAAUCUCCCUCCUAAAUUAAAAAAAAAACACAUUUAAUUUCUUAAAGCAGUUUCAGGUUUAAAGCACAAUUUAGCAGAAAGCAGAGUUGAGCAGAGUUCCCAUAUAUACUCACUGCAUCCACACACACAUAGCCUCUUCUGCUAUCAACAGCCCAUACCAGAGUUACAUUUGUUACAAUUGAUGAACCUACGUUGACAUGUGAUAACCCAAAGUCCAGAGAAUAUAAGGUUCUAGAUUACAUAUUCUGUGUGUCUGGAUAAAGUAUAAUGACAUGUAUACACAAUCAUAAUAUAGAGAACAAUUUCAUUGUCCUAAAAGUCCUCUUUUUACCCUUCUUUCCCCUUAACUCCUAGCAACCACUGUUUUUUUUUUUGUUUUGUUUUGUUUUUUCCCACCAUCUCCAUAGAUUUGUCCUUUCCAGAGUAUCAUAGAGUUGGAAUCUUAUAAUAUGUAGCCUUUUUAUACUGGCUUUUUAAUUUCCUAGUAAUACGCACUUAAGGUUUUCUGUGUCUUUUCACGGCUUGAUAGGUCAUUUCUUUUUAGUGCUAGUAGUGUUCUGUUGUCUGGAUGUACCACAGUUUAUUGAUCCAUUCACCUAUUGAAGGACAUCUUAGUUGCUUCCAAGGUUUGACAAUUAUGGAUAAAGUACUUUAAACAUCUGUGUGCAGGUUGUUGUGUUGUUUUCAGCUUUUUUGGAAAAAUGCCCAGAAACACAAUUGCUGUACAGUAUGGUAAGACUAUGUUUAGUUUUGGGGCCUCCCUUGUGGCGCAAGGGGUUAAGACGCAACCUGUGAAGCUAUCCGCAGCCACUGCAAAACGAGUUCCAUCCCCAGUGAGCUACCCACAUGGUGCAGCAGACCUCUCCUGACUCACCUGCUACUCCCCUCAGCAGUGUAUUUCAGUCAGCCUGCCUGUUCUGUUCCCCACUCUGUCUCUGGCCUGUAUCCCCCACACCUCUGGCCUGUACCCCAGCUCUUGUAUGCAUAAAUAAAUAAAAUCUUUAAAAAAAAAAAGUAUGUUUAAUUUUGUAAGAAACUGCCAAAUUGUGUCCCAGAGUAGCUGUACCAUUUUGUAGUCCCACUAGCAAUGAAUAAAAGUUUUGUUGCUCCACAUCCU